AUGGGGGAUUACGCUGCCCUGGCCGCGCUCGCCGUCGCCGUCGCCUGCGCGCUAAUGGCGUCCGCCGCGACGCCGGCGCGCGCGCAGCAGUGCGGGCAGCACGCGGGGGGCAUGCUGUGCCCGAACAACCUCUGCUGCAGCCGGUCGGGCCGCUGCGGCCUGGGCGCCGACUACUGCGGCGCUGGGUGCCAGAGCGGGGCCUGCUGCCCGAGGCCGCGUGCCCCGGCAACCUCUGCUGCGACGCGCGCGGCGUCUGCGGCCUCGGCGUCGAGUACUGCGGCGCCGGGGAGAGACGCCGCCGGCAACGUCACGUGCGGCCACGGCGGCGCCACCGCCGGCUGGCGGGCCUGCCCCGGCAACCUCUGCUGCGGCCACUUCGGGCGCUGCAGCCUCGGCGUCGAGUUCUGCGGCGACGGCUGCCACAGCGGCGCGUGCUGCGAGCAGCGCUGCGGGUGGCAGGCGGGCGGCGACGCCUGCACCAACGGCUACUGCUGCGGCCGGAACGGGUACUGCGGCCUCGGCGGCGACUACUGCGGCACCGGAUGCCAGAGCGGCCAGUGCCUCCACGCCGGCGGUGGAGCGGCGGCCCGUGCCGUUGGAGAGCUCCUCAACCGGACGGCUUCUGCUGCUGGAACCAAGGCGUCAUUGCCGCAGUAG